CGGGCCGGCAGGGCCCGGAGUUCGGGCAGGGGCCCGUCAAGAUGCGCCUACGACGGCCUUGUUGCCAGGCGAUGAGGGACCCUCCCCGCUGUAGAAUGGUGGUUCGGACGCUGCUCUGGCUGUGACCUUUUGGCUCCUCCCGUUAUUCCCGGCCCGGCCGAGUGGUCUGGGGGCGGGGCCCGUGAGCGGCCGGAACCGGAAGCUGGCCGGGCGGGGGGUGUUGCGGGGGCGCGCUCCGGGUCGCUCCCCUGGCUGCUGGUGGGUUCCGGCGGUGGGAUGCGGCUGGCGGCGGGCGCGCUGCGGGCCUGGCGGCAGCGCUUCGAUUUCGGCGGCCGGGACGUGGCCGCCUGGUUCCCCGGACACAUGGCCAAAGGCCUGCGGCAGAUGAAGGAGUCGCUGCGGAAGGUGGACUGCCUCAUCGAGGUGCACGAUGCCCGAAUUCCAUUCUCAGGCCGGAACCCGGCCUUCCAGGAGUCCCUGGGAAUCAGACCUCACCUGCUUGUACUGAACAAAAUGGACCUGGCUGAUCUGACUCACAAAGCAAAAAUUCUGGAGCGCUUGGAGCAGGAAGGGCUCAAAAACGUCCUCUUCACAAACUGCGUAAAAGAUGAAAAUGUCAAGAAGGUCAUCCCUCUCAUCACGGAUCUGGUCAGCAGCAGCCAGCGCUACCAGAGAGCUGAGAACGUGGAGUACUGCAUCAUGGUGAUCGGAGUGCCCAACGUGGGGAAAUCCUCCCUUAUCAACUCCAUGCGAAGGCUGCACCUCAAAAAGGGGAAAGCGUCCCGUGUGGGUGGCGAGCCGGGGAUCACCAAGGCCGUGCUUACCAGAAUCCAGGUCUCCGAGAGGCCCCUUAUGUAUCUGCUGGACACGCCUGGAGUGCUGGCUCCAAGAAUAGAGAGCGUGGAGGCGGGCAUGAAGCUGGCCCUGUGUGGGGCCAUCCGGGACCACCUGGUGGGCGAGGGCAUCAUGGCCGACUACCUGCUGUACACCCUGAACAAGCAGCAACAGUUUAGCUAUGUGGAGCGCUACGGGCUGGGCGAGCCCAGCGACGACAUCGAGAGUGUGCUCAAGCGGGUGGCACUGAAACUGGGCAAGACGCACAAAGUGAAGGUGCUCACAGGGACAGGGGACGUGAACGUGAUCGCGCCCGACUACCCUGCAGCCGCCUAUGAGCUCCUGCGCACCUUCCGCAAGGGGGAGCUGGGCCAGGUGCUGCUGGACUGAGCCCUGCCCAGCCCUCACGCCUGGCUCGAGCUCAGCUGCCACCCUCUUGCCCAGGCUGAUCAUGGCAUGGAGGUGGCUCAUGGGCAAAGCAGGAUGUGGUGGGCCCAAGCUGUUUCCCUCCUCCUGCCCCAUGCACAUGCAGCUCUGGGGUCAGUAUGGCUGUGGCCAGGAGAGCAGCCCUCAUGUGGGUCUGUAUUUGGCUUCCCAGCCAGGGCCAGGGCCCCUGUCAUCACUUGAGUAGGCUCUGUCUGCCCAUCAUCCCAAGGGUGAAGUGCUGUGAACAGACCCGAGCCCAGGGACUCCCCCAUCCUCUCUUGGGGGUUCUUGGGGCAGUUCAGGGCCCUGCCUUUCCCCUGCGUAGGUUCAUGCUCCUUUGGGCUAUUGCCCCGGUGGGCAGAGCCAGCCUCUGUGUCUCCUGGAAGAGCAGAGCAGCCCUGCCAGGGACCCCUUCAACAAGACGUGCUUCCGCUGUCCCACAGCAUGGACCAAAGGGCUCCAGCUGUGUGCGGGCAAACCCUCGUCUGCUCUGUCACUGCCACAGCUGUCAGCCCACUGGUCUGUAGUGGCCAGCAAGCCCCAGUGCUGGGCCUGGAUCGUGAGGGCAGGUGCAGUGUGUGGUGGCAGCUUUGUUUAAAAUAAAAACUGGGGCACAUGUAGUGAAAUCCAAGCCCUGUGCUGCUAGGAUUUAAUGGUCAUUAAAUUCAGUUCCACCCUGUCA